GGUGCAUUUGCAACGACCACUGUACUACAACUACUGCUGCACUGAGAACCAUCAGCCACAGUGUUUGUACUCGAAACAAGUCGUAAUGCUGAUGAAGGCGUAGUUUCGGCACCAUCGACUUCUGGAAAUAUAAAGUUCUAAGCUAUCGAUAUGGCAGCUAAGUUAGUGACGGCAGAUUAUAUAGUGAUCGUGGUGAUGCUUCUCAUUAGUACUGGUAUCGGCAUCUACUAUUGGCUCACCGGUGGACGACAAAAAUCGACAGAGGAGUACUUCGCAGCGAACAAAUCUAUGAGCGUCUUACCAGUGGCAAUUGGCUUGAUGGCUUCAUACUUGUCGGCGGUCAGCCUACUAGGGGUCAGUUCGGAAAUUUACGUUUACGGUUCUCAGUACAUGGUGAUAAACAUCUCCUACGGCAUUGCCACCGCAUUCGUUGUCUACUUUUACUUGCCCGUCUUCUUCAAGCUCAACGCCACUAGCGCUUUCGAAUAUCUUCAGAAACGUUUCGGUACGCCGACAAGGUUGUUAGCCAGCGUCGCCUUUUUCCUUCAACUUCUUUUGUACACCGGCGUCGUGCUCUACGCGCCGGCACUCGCGUUGGAAGCCACGACGGAUAUCUCGAGGAGUUUGAGCGUGAUCGGCAUCGGAUUGAUCUGUACAUUCUACUCGGCGAUCGGUGGUAUCAAGGCAGUUAUCAUUACCGACGUAUUCCAAAGUGCCCUCAUGAUUAUAGCCAUUAUCACAGUGAUAGUGACAGCGGCGAUUGACGUAGGUGGGCUUGCACGAAUUUGGGAAAUCGCAGGCGAGGGAUCACGAUUGGAAUUUAAUAACAUUUCUCCCGAUCCAACGGUACGACAUACCUGGUGGAGUCUAACGUUUGGUGGUUUUUUCACCUAUCUUUCCUUGUACGGUGUCAAUCAAGUUCAAGUUCAAAGAAUGCUAACAGUCCAGAAUCUGGGAGCGGCCAAACGGGCUCUUUGGUGGAGUUGGCCGAUGGCGUCUAUCAUGUCAUUGACCAUUUGCUUUGCCGGUUUGUCGAUAUAUACGAAGUAUCGUGAAUGUGAUCCCUUGAACUCGGGAAAGAUCACCUCGAACGACCAACUGAUGCCAUUUUACGUAAUGGACACGUUGUCAAAAUAUCCUGGAAUACCUGGACUCUUUAUAGCUGGGAUUUUUAGUGCAGGACUCAGUACGAUAUCUGCCACGAUCAAUUCGUUAUCUGCAGUCAUUCUCGAGGACUACAUCAAACCUUUGUAUCGAUACAAAAGCAAAGGCGAAGAAAUGUCAUCGACACGAUCCAUCGUUGCUAGUAAAGUUUUAGCGGUCCUCGUUGGAUCGAUGUGUCUGGGAAUAGCCUUCUUGGCGCAAUACUUGGGUGGACUCCUUCAGGCUGCUCUAACGAUAUUCGGUGUAGUCGGAGGACCUCUGCUGGGUACAUUUACUUUGGGUAUGUUCAGUCAAAUGGGAAAUCAAAAGGGAGCUAUCACAGGACUUAUCCUUGGCCUUGCCUUUUCAUUUUGGAUCGGUUUCGGUCAACCAAAGGCGCCCAUUCCAAAAUUGCCUGUAUCCACGAUUGGAUGCAGCAAUUAUUCCUUGUCCUAUAAGAAUCUAACGAAGCCUGAGACAUUCAACGAGAUUAAGAACCAAAACUCGUACUUUUAUCUCUAUCGAAUAUCCUACAUGUGGUACUGCCCUCUCGGAUUUCUCAGUAGUUUACUCAUCGGUUGGAUAGUUAGCUGGCUGACAAGAAUGAUCUUCAAGGAGAGAGAAAUUGUAAUGGAUCCACAUUUGUUCACACCGAUAAUUGCCUCGAGGAUUCAUAAGAAGGAGAAACGAGAGGAGAAAUUCAUGACCACGGAAUGAUUCGUGGCUUCUUAAAGAAAAAAAAAAAAAAAAAAGAAAAAAAAGAAAAAAGAAAAAAAGAAAGAAGAAAAAGGGAAAGAAGAAAGAAAAAAGAAGAAAGAAACAGAGAUAAUGAUAAAGAGGAAGGAUCUUUGGGCAGAAGAGAUUUUCCGGUCGAUCUUCGGACACGUUAUCGUCUUAUGUAAGCACCGUAAGCCACGAUGAUAUUCACCGUGGUGUUCGGCUUCUCUCCUCGUGUCACCUUAGGACGGUGCGAGAGACGAGGGCGAGGGUGAAGGUGCUCGCGCGCGCACACGCUGCCAAGCGAGCACGGUAACACCAGUCCGACGGCAUUCCAUCGAGAUUUGCGAACGUUUCGGUAAACGUUCAACGUAUCCGCACGGUCCCCCCGGUGUUUACCUCCGUUAUCGUUACACAAUACGCCGGAGGGAAAAGAAGAGGGAGGAAUUCUUCUUCUUUUCUUCUUCUUUUUCUUCUUCAGUUGCUUUCGGACAAUUUCGAUAUAGACAAUAUCGUCAAAGGAGAACGAUGGAGAAAAGAAAUUUGGAGAAAAGGCAAAGAUAUGGAUAUCUUAUAUCCAUUGUAUCGCAAGAGAUAACAAUUCACGGCAUUCCGUGUAAUUUUUACGUACCAUCAUAAAUUUUAGCUUUUUCGCAAGACUUUGUGCGUGGAAUUUAUUUUUAUCUUCGAAAGAGACUGGUGAAAACGUGUCUUGGAAUGAGUCCUUACUCAUCUUCGGUGUUUCUCGAGUACCUUGACAUGGUCGGUACGUUAAUAAGAGAGUAAAAGUAAACUGAGGUCACUACUUUAUGAAGCUUGGAGAAGAAUGACGAGAGUAAAGGGGAACACCGUUAUGGAGUAUUAAUCGAACGGGAAAGCUAUAAGGCUUAAAGGUUCUUCAAGGGUGGAUUGAAAAAUUAAGUAGAUCCUUUUUAGUAAAAGAUAUCUAGAGCUGGAUAAUGCAAAAGGAGACCUUUUCGUUUCCUCGCACGAAGUACAUAGUUAACGAGCACCGAAGUAAAAUGCACGUAACGUCAUUAUAAUAAAGUCCCUGUUUGUUCAUUCAGGCGCUAGUGCGAGCGAGCGUACGGGAAUGCCUGCGCUCUCAUCGAGCGCAUAGCCGGUGGUAUACACGUAGGUAUACACGCAUAGUAAACACAAAUAUCCUUAGCUUCCUCUCUCUCUCUCUCAUCCCUUCUCCUCUCCCCCCUCUCCUCCUUAUUCUUCUUCUUUCCCUUCCUCUUCUUCUUCCUUCAUCCCCUCUCUUUAUCCUCUAACUCACCUUAGAUUCUCUCCUUCUCCAAAUCUUCCACUAUUGGCACCCUCGUACGUUCCUAUAAAAAAAAAGCAAGAAAGAAAAAAAAAAGAGAGAAAAAAAAAAGAAGUAGACUAUUGAUAUAUUUUUUACUAUUCGUCUUUAUUUCGUCUUGGAAUAUUAUAGUCUCAUAUACUGCAGUAGUCAUAAUAUGUAAUUACUCUGUCUGGACAUGUAAUAGCGUUUAUGAUUAUGUACGCAGAUUGAUUUUUUAACUGAUGUAUCUCAUUUGUUUUCAUGAAUAUUAUAGACUUUUUUAAUUUGGCCUCGA